UCAUGGGGCCCCGGGGCAAUAGGGGAUCAUGGGGCCCCUGUGUCCUUGCUCAAACUCAAAAAAGCCUAUGAAAAAGGUACCAGGGGCAUCUCAUGGGGCCCCCUACUGACCCUGGGCCCUCGGGCAGUGCCCGAGCUUCCAAAUGGUCAGUCCACCCCUGCUGCUACCUUUACAAGGUAAUCUCAAAAAUGAUCUCCCUAUUGGCCAAUUUAGACAGAAGCCAAUUAACCUACCAGCAUGUCUUUGGAGUGUGGGAAGAAACCCACGCAAGCACAGGGAGAACA